CACGAUUGUGUCGUCUUGACAACAGCGGAAGAGAAUGCCAAAACCACCCCUUGUUUUAUCUUGUCUUCAAUUUAUUGUUAUAAAAUUUCUCGUUUCCAUAGGCCGAGAUGGACGUGACAGCAUUGUUCCAGGUACAGCAAAUUUAAGAGAAUUAAAUUAAAUGACUUUCGGAUUAGUGAGUAUCAAACGAUCGUAUCACCAGGGGCGCUAGAACAGACAGUGUAACAUUAUAAUUUCCAGAGUUAACACUUUAACUUUUCAGAACGUUAACAGUUUUUAUAAUAGAGCUGCCAGAAUAUAUAACUCCCUACCACCACAUAUUCGAGAAGUAAGCGUUAUACUGUCGGCCAAUUCAAAUCUCACCUUUUGACUUAUUUAGAGGCAAUGACUAAACAAAUACAUAACAUUAAUGCUCCACAAACGUUUAAAAGUAUCUGUGUCAGGUGUAACUCGUGUCGUCUGUUGUCCAGUCUUGUGGAUAAGACGUGUUGUAAAUAAUGUAAUGUUUUUUAUAUACAUAUUAAAAGGGACACUGUAAAUGGAGCAAUAAGCUCUGUAUAGGGUUAAAACUGCAGGAUAUAAACUAAACUGGAAUUCAGACAAUUAGAACAUUUAUAGUAACUGCAAGGAAAUAGCUCUACGGCAAAGGAGGAAAUGAGAGAAGCAAACACAAUUAUCGACAUUUCCUUAUAAUAUGAAAACAAACGUAAACGAUCAAGUGUCUAUUUCUUUUUUUAGACAGCCCAUUUAGAUAUGAUUUCAGAUUACUGGAUGAAAUAACUUUACGCAUUUCAUUUAGGACCACCAGGAAAAACUGGACCUAGAGGAUUUCGGGGUAAACCAGGACCAGGAGGGAGUUCUGGAGGAUCAGUGUAUACAAGAUGGGGUAGGAAGAGCUGUCGUAGUGGGACUACGCUGUUAUAUUCGGGUGCGUAUAUGACUCGCUGUCAAUAUAUAAACGUUUAGAUUUUUAAUCCAGUUAUGAAAUCCAAGGUGGUAAAAUUUGUGUGGCUAACUUGAGCAGCAAAACCGAGGAAAAACUUUAAGGCCGAUUUACACGGAACAAUUUCUUGCUUAAAACUGUCCCAUGCAACCUACUUACAACUUCAGUUAUAUUGUGUGAAUCAAGUUACGACAAUAUAGGCAAGCAAUGUGCUUUAUUUACACAUUAUAACUCAACUUCAGUAAACAGGUUGCAUGCCAGAGUUUUGAAGCAAAAGUUGUGUAGAGUAAAUCGGUUUUUAGACGUCAGGCCCAUGAAAUCAAGAACAAAGAGAAAUACAUUCGUGUGCGAAACAUGAAAAUCGUACUUUGAUUCUUUUCUUCACGAUCACAGUAUUGCUUUCGUCUUGCAGGUGUAAUGGGUGGCUCGCACUACACUCAUAGCGGUGGUGGUUCAAAGACUAUCAGUGGCAACCAAGGUUAUUCCUAUGUAUAUGGAAUUGAAUACGAAAUGAAUGUACACGCACCUCUUUUCCCGAAAAAUCUUCACGACCAUGAAGCAUUAUGCGCCGUGUGCUUUGCUGAGACACGUGGUAGUCAAGUGAUGAUUCCUGCUCGCAACGUCUGCCCGAAAGGUUGGACCCGAGAGUACAACGGUUACUUAAUGUCGGCACACAUUUCCCAUAAACGAAGUGAGUUUAUUUGUGUAGAUGGUGCCCCAGAAGCUAGACAAGGAACUCAAGCAAACCUAAGCGGUGGUUUGUUGUAUGUGGUCGAGGGUCAUUGUGGUGCUUUGCCAUGUCUACCAUAUAAACAAGGUGCGGAAUUGACAUGCGCAGUUUGCACCAAGUAAUCAGCAUUCAACAUUUUCAUGAUUUAUUAAACUUUGUUUUAAUUGACGAAAUAUGUUAUUAACUUCAUUAUGUUUUCAUUAUUCCAUUGCAAUUAAUUCUUAAUAAACGGUUUGUCAACUUCUUUUGGCAAAUAUUAUAUAUAUUUUUUUCUGUGUUGGUGUUGUGUACUCAGGUGAAUAUGAUGUUUGUGGUGUUACUCUGGUGUUAUCCAAAGGUCGUAGGUUCAAUUCCCACCGUGGCCGGGCAUAUUUUUCAAGCAUGCCCGAUGUGGAUAUACAAUCAGAGUAACACCACAAACAUCAUAUUCACCCGAGUACACAACACCAACACAGAAAAAAUCAUAUUACAAAGAUUACACUGUUAUCGAAGGAACUAGAUUCUGUUCCGAAAUGUCACUUACUCGAACCGUCCCGACCGCGUAGCUCAGUUGGCAGAGCAUUGGGCUAGUAUUCCAAAGGUCGUAGGUUCGAUUCCCACCGUGGCCGGGCAUAUUUUUCAAGCUCGCCCGGUGUGGAUAUACACUCAGAGUAACACCACAAACAAAAUAUUAUAUUAUUAUUUCUUGAUUUCUUCUUGUAUUUGAUUAUGUUUGCCCCAAGAGGAGACAGCACUUUUUUAUUAGGA